AUGUCAGAAGACAGUCUCGAACAAGUCGGCCCGAGUGUGACAACUAAGGGCGAUCCAAGUGCUAGCUUCGUCUUGGAAUUCUCUCAGGGCCCUGUAGCUGCCCAAAUUGGUGCUGUUGUCGAUACCCAGCCGCACAUGUCACCUUUGCUCGUCCGGGGUUCCCUAGAUGGGCCCCUCAGAAACAGCAGUGGAAGUCUGAGCUGGCGGACAUCUGGUGUAACCGGGCGCAGCGUCUCAGGUCCUCUCAGUCCAAUGCCUCCAGAACUAAAUGCCGUCCCAGUGACAGCUGGCCGAUCAGGACAGCUUCUUCCAGCACUAGUGAACAUGUCUGGUCCAUUGAUGGGAGUUAGAAGCUCCACAGGAAGUAUACGUAGUCGGCAUGUAUCUCGAGACAGUGGAGAUUACCUCAUUGACACUCCAAACUCUGGUGAAGACGGCUUGCAUCCUUCUGCCAUCGGCAUGCAUGGCGUAAAUGCCAAAGAGCUUCAGUCAGCACUACAAGGCCAUCAACAGCAUUCCCUUACUCAUGCAGAUAUAGCACUGAUUCUCCUCGCUGAAAUUGCUUACGAGAACGACGAAGAUUUCCGUGAGCACUUGCCUCUGCUGUUCCAUGUCACUUUUGUCUCCAUGGACAGUUCGGAAGACAUCGUGCUGGAACACUGCCAGCACUUACUCGUCAAUUUGCUCUACUCGCUCGCCGGGAGACAUCUAGAAUUGUAUGAAGUGGAAAAUAGCGAUGGAGAGAACAAACAGCAGGUGGUCAGUCUAAUAAAGUACGUACAAUCGAAGCGAGGAAGCAUGAUGUGGGAGAAUGAGGACCCCACAGUUGUUCGACCAUCUCUCCCGAGUGCAGCACUUCUAUCAGCACUAGUACAGAGCAUGGUGAUGCUAUCUUCUUCCAAGGAGAUCUCCGUGAGACUUGGGGUGCUGAAGCUCUCAAGUGGGCCAUGGAGUGCACAUCGAGACACUUGGCUUGCCGGUCCCACCAGAUCUACCGUGCACUCCGACCCAGUGUAA